CUAAUUAUGGAUUAUUUGGGUGAGAUAAUAGCUGUCGGAAUUGACAGUGUUAUUUUUGGUAUCUGUUUGAAACAGUUUUUCCACUGUAAAAAUGCAGUCGCUGCAGUCAAGGAUGCAGAAUUUCAUGAAGUUGGUCCCCAAUUGGGCAACCUUGUUAAUGAAAGUGUUGAUAACAAGGUAGGCUAUGUAGCCAUCAGGGGCAUUGUUAAGCCCUUAGGAAAACCCUUAACAAGCAUCAAUAAUAAAAGAAUAACCGGUGUUGUACAAAAACUUAAAAUUAAGGAACAUGUUGUAGCUAGAACUACAGCUGGCUUUUGGUCAGAUCAAGAACGCACAGUCCAUAAAGUAUUUAAUACUGUACCAUUUGCUUUAGAACAUGGACCUUACUCUGUAGAAAUCUUAGAACCAUUAUCAGCAGAUAUUUUAGACAUGGAUGUGGUGUCAAAUACUUUUGAACCCACUGUACCAUCAUUUGCAGAUCAUUUAUGGGGUUUCUUCACAGGUGUACGCCAACGUGGCUUGCAAUCCACUGAAGAACUACUUCGUGAGGGUGCACUUAUCACAGGUAUAGGUGAAUUAUCAAGGACCAAAUCUAAAACACUGACCCUGCAACCUCCCUUAAAUGGAACACCAUUUUAUCUAACAAGCAUGUCAGUUAGUUCUUUACUUAAAAAGUUAGAUGAUCGUAAAAAAACAUAUAGAUUAUUAUGCUUCAUGUUUGGUGCAAUCGGUCUUUUAAUUGGCGGAAUACUAUUCCGACGUUACUGGAAAGAUAGAACAGAACAGAGAUUAGCAGAAGAAUUAAGACAAUCUCUUGCUGCGUCCCGAAAAGAAGGAAGGCAAAGAGUAAGGGAUACCGAUCUCAGGGAAGAUCAAAUGUGCGUUGUUUGUCGCUCAAAUCCCCGUGAAAUUAUUCUUCUUCCUUGUGGGCAUGUGUGCUUAUGUGAAGACUGUGCAGAGAAUAUUACCAAUGAUUGUCCCGUUUGUAGAGCACCAAUUUCACAAAAGGCUGCUGCGUAUAUAAGUUAAGAC